AAAACCUUUCCUUCUUUUAUUGGCCUCACGACUCUUCAAAAAGCUUUUUAUUUCUUUUUAAAAAAGAAGGACGGACCACCAUGGCAGAGAGAAAAGAAAGGUGCAGUCACUGCAGAAGACUACUGCUAGUGCCACCAGAGGCUCAUACCAUCAAGUGUGCAGUGUGCCAUGGCAUCACUCAGAUUGGUCAAGCCAGCAAUACACCGAGUCUGGUCUAUAACUCUCUGUCUCAUGCUGCAAACAGGUUAAGAGGGUUCAUAAAUACUAUGAUUACUGGUUCAUUUAACAGCAAUGUAGGUUAUGGCACACCUCAUUAUGGCUAUUAUCCUCCUCAGCCUCAGCUAUUAAGGCCACAAGCUCCACUGGUGCCUGCUUCUGCUUAUGGCUCAAAGAGAGCAUUGCUAUGUGGAAUUUGCUACCACCGACGAAGUUACAGGCUUAAGGGUUCUAUGAAUGAUGUUAAGUUCAUGAGAUAUUUUCUUAUAAACCAGUUUGGGUUUCCUGGCGACUCCAUUCUUAUGCUCACAGAUGAUAAGGAGGAGAAAAACCCACUGAAAAUCCCAACCAAAAAGAACAUUCAAACGGCCAUGCGUUGGCUGGUUGAGGGUUGCAGGCCAGGGGAUUCAUUGGUGUUUCACUUCUCAGGACAUGGCACACAAGAAGUGGACAAUAACAUGGAUGAGAUCGAUGGCUACGAUGAAGCACUAUUACCAGUUGAUUAUGAGAUCAAUGGGAUGAUUCUUGAUGAUGAGAUCAAUGCAAGAAUUGUCAGGCCAUUGCCUCAUGGUGCAAAACUUCAUGCCAUUAUUGAUGCAUGCCACAGUGGGACCAUUCUUGAUCUACCUUUUGUCUGCAAAAUGAGCAGGGAAGGGUUUCAUACAUGGGAGGAUCAGACACAGCCCAGAGCUGAUUAUAAAGGUACAAGAGGAGGGCUUGCAAUUUGCAUAUCAGCUUGUGAAGAUGCAGGAUCCUCAGUAGAUACAUCAGCCUUUGGCGGAAGUAAGGUUGUUACUGGUGCUUUGACUUAUAGUUUGAUACAAGCGGUGGAAAAUGAACCAGGAUUAAGCUAUGGUCGAUUGCUAAGUGCCAUUCGUGCUGCAAUCAAAGGAGCUAAAGUUGGUAUAGUUGCCCUGAAUGGUCCAAUCAUUUCACUGCUCAAUAAAAUGCUUGGCAUGGAUCGCAUCAGACAGGAUGCACAACUAUCCUCUUCGGAGAAGUUUGACAUUCAUGCACAGCGCUUUGUGUUAUGACACUAUUGUUUCCUCGGAUCAUUGACUUGUUAAUCAAGCAAUUAUGAGCUCAAUGUCUGAUAUGUUAUAAAAAAUAAUAAGUUAGUUAGUCGGUUAAUUAUUGAUAAAAAAAAGUUAGGGAUUAAUUAGCCGGGGUUAUUAGGAGAUAUGAUCAUUGGCAACUAAUUAAUUACUAUAAAUAGAUGGGAUUAGGGACUCAUUGUAAUAGACUUUUUUGGUUAAUAUGGAAACGUGAUUAAUUCCCUUCCUGUUCUUCUCU